CCGCCAUGGCGGGAGGCCGCCCCGGGAGGCGGGCGCGCUCGGCCGGGGAGGCCCGGGAAGGUGCUGCUUCCUCUCCUCCCAGGCGAAGGUCCGAGAGAAACUUGCCUUCCUCAGCUUGUCCAGUGUCCCAGGAUAACCCCAGUGGGGUGACCAGGAAAAUGAUGGGCACCCCGCGCCCAGGUGCCUCUGUCAUGCGCACGAUAACCCUGAGAAAGAUUAAGCCGCGGAAUCAGCAGGAUCAGGUGAAAGAAAGCGAUUUAAUUCCUCGUCGGAGUCCAAGGAUCUCCUUAAAAGAAAACAAGGAGAACAGCCCCCCGGGGGGCCCUGAAAAUCAAAGCCCCCACGGAGGGGAGGCCCCGAAGAAAAGCCCGUCUUUUACCCCGCGCUGCCCCUUGAAUCUCGAUGCAGAGAACUCACCGAAAGAGACUAAUAAUGUCCUGUCCCCGGUCAGCGCCAACACGCCAGAAUCUCCGCUGGGAUGCGAACGAGACCUGGCCAUGGCCAAGCGUGUGCGCCGGUCUUACAGCCGCCUGGACCUCUCCUUGUCCCGCAGCUUCACGGACAAGCCGGAGUUUCCCAGCUUCAGCCUCGCCGGCACCUCCACACCCGCCGGUGCUCCCAGCAAACGGCAAACCCUCUUCGGUUUUGAGAAGCUGCUGCUUCCGGGGGAGCUGGCCGAGCCCUCCGCGGAGCAUAUCGCCAGCGCCCCCAAGGCAGCGGCUGCAGAAAGCGGGGCCUUCGGGAAGCCGGACACCGACAUCCCCGGCAUCUCGUUCGGCAGGGAGAAGCGAAGGAAGAAGAAGGUGCCCGAGUUUGAUGAAUCAAAGAUGGACGAGUGGGCCGCACAGAUGAACGCCGAGUUUGAGGAAGCUGAGAAAUUUGACCUCCUUGUGGAGUGAAGAAAUGCAUCUGCUCCGCAUAUUGUUGGUGGCCAGAAUGUUCCUUGUACAUAAUCCCCCCCUAGGAGGACGCUUAAACUUUCUUGGCAUAAAACUGUAGAUCCCCCCCCCCCCGCCCAUUUUACAGGCUUACUUGCCGACAAAAGGCAGCCGACGCUUCUCUUGAUGCUCCCCCUUAAAAACAAAAGAUAUUGUGUUCUGUGGGGUUACCAGGAAAUAUUUUUUUCUCGUCCGCAACCUGAAAAUACGUGCAGAAGGGUCUGAAUUCUAUGCGGUAUCACAAUUUUUGUAAUAUGGCUCGGCUAACUGAUUUCUUUUUCCCUCCCUAUUCCCAGAACAGGCAGAAAAUAGGCAAGAUGCUCAGGUGCAUUCUAGUCUUUGAAAGAGCCACGAGUUUCUCCCAGUAGUUUAAUAUUUUAUUAUUAUUAAUUUUCUUCUGCGUUUGCCUUCUGAAAAAUCACGUCUGCUUCAAUGGAGUGGGAACUAGGUUUGCUCAGCCAGCUUCCUUUUGUGUGUGUGUGUGGGGGGGGCAGGUUAAUGGGGAGCAGGCCUGUUUUAAGGAACAGCCUGUUUUUUAAGCCUCUCUCUGGCCGUCUCUCUUAAAGGACUCCUCCCAGUUGAUGAAGCUUUUGAUGUUCGGUUUGUCUCUUGUCCCGCUGGUGAUGUUUCGCAGUGCAGCCCCG